CUGCCUCUAACCGAAGCGCUCCUGUACCAUGUCCUGGUAUUGGGUCGAGAAGGGGGCGGCAGUGUCAGGCCUGGUGGCAUUGGCUGGAGUCCUGGCCUGCCUGCUGGCCCAGGGCUUGCAGACAGCCGAGAUGGAGAGGCUGAGGAAAGAGGUGGCGAGGCUGAGGCUGGCGUGUGGAGCCCGGAGAGGGGAGGAGGAGUCGGCCCAGUUUCUGACUGCUGCAGGUCAGGAUGUCUCCAUCGUGCACGGCAGCACCACGAACCCCACCAGCGUCGGGGCCGUCCCUGGGAUCUCCGGUGCUCAGUCCAGCCGCUGGGGAGGGGAACCAGCAGCCCGCAUGGAGCGCGACAUCCAGUCAAAGCCCAGAGACAGACAGAAAUGGAGACGCUCGCUCCUGCAUUUGGUACCCUUGUCUAUCUCGUCCCAAGGUGAUGUGACAAUAAUUCACUGGCAGAAGAUUGUCCACACCGGCAAAUCCAUUGAGCAGAACCACAAUACGAUCUCCAUUAAAGGCAGUGGCUAUUACUUCAUAUAUACCCAGGUAUGGUGUGGGUAUUCACAGUCAGAAAAGGAGGGGCGAGGGGCAGAAACUGGCAAAGUACUGGGAUGGAAAGAAUAGGAAAGACAGUGAUACAGAGAGAGAGAGAGAGAGAGAGAGAGAGAGAGAGAGAGAGAGAGAGAGAGAGAGAGAGAGAGAGAGAGAGAGAGAGAGAGUGUGUGUGUGUGUCUGAGAGAGAGAAAUCAAUGAAGGUAAGGAUAAAGAACUAAAGAGCAAAUGUAUAUACUGUCCUUCCAUGACCAGUUUCCUCAAGAUCAAGGGCAGGUCCCACUCCAGAAUACAAGUACAUUUUCCAGGCUGCAAUGUCCUUGAAGUACUGAGGCAAGGACUCAAAUUCAGAGGAACAGUACAGAGGGACUGUCACACUGUCAGAGGGACAGUACUGACGGAGUGUCACACUGUCAGAGGGACAGUACUGACGGAGUGUCACACUGACAGAGGGACAAUAUUGAGUGAGUGUCUGACAGUCACAGGGACAGUAUUGAGGGAGUGUCACACAGUUUAGAGGGACAGUACACAGGGAGUGUCACACUGUUUAGAAGGACAGUACAGAGGGGGUGUCUCACAAUCGGUGUGACAGUACAGAGGGAGAGUCCAACAGUCAGAGGGACAGUACUGAGGGAGUGUCUCACUGUCAGAGGGACAGUACUGAGGGAGUGUCUGCAAUAUUGGGGGGACAGUACUGGGAGUGUCUGCACUGUCAGAGGGACAGUACUGUGGCAGUGUCUCACUGUCAGAGGGACAGUACUGAGAGAGUGUCUGACUGUCACAGGGACUGUGUUCAGGGAGUGUCUAACUGUUUAGAGGCAAAGUACUGAGGGAAUGUCUGACAGUCAGAGGGACUGUACUGAGGGAGUGUCCCACUGUCAGAGUGAGAAUAAUGAGGGCGUGUCCCACAGUCAGAGGGAAAGAACUGAGGGAGUGUCUGCAAUAUCAGAGGGACACUACUGAAUGAGUGCCUCACGGUCAGAGGGACAGUUAUGAGGGAGUGUCACACUGUCAGAGGGACAGUACAGAGGGAGUGUCUCACUGACAGAGGGACAGUACUGAGACAGUAUCUGACUGUCACAGGGACAGUACUGAGGGAUUGCCUCACGGUCAGAGGGACUGUACUGAGGGAGUGUCGCAGCGUCAGAGGUACAGUUCUUAGGGAGUGUCACGCUGUCAGAGUGAGAAUAAUGAGGGCGUGUCCCACAGUCAGAGGGAAAGAACUGAGGGAGUGUCUGCAAUAUCAGAGGGACACUACUGAAUGAGUGCCUCACGGUCAGAGGGACAGUUAUGAGGGAGUGUCACACUGUCAGAGGGACAGUACAGAGGGAGUGUCUCACUGACAGAGGGACAGUACUGAGACAGUAUCUGACUGUCACAGGGACAGUACUGAGGGAUUGCCUCACGGUCAGAGGGACUGUACUGAGGGAGUGUCGCAGUGUCAGAAGUACAGUUCUCAGGGAGUGUCACGCUGUCAGAGGGACAGUACUGAGGGUGUAUCACCCUGUCAGAGGGACAGUACCGAGGGAGAGUCUGCAAUAUCGGAGGGACAGUACUGAGGGAGUGUCACACAAUUUAGAGGGACAGUAUUGAGGGAUUGUCUCACAAUCGGUGUGACAGUACAGAGGGAGAGUCCCACAGUCAGAGGGAAAGUACUGAGGGAGUAUCUGCAAUAUCAGAGGGACACUACUGACUGAGUGCCUCACGGUCAGAGGGACAGUUAUGAGGGAGUGUCACACUGUCAGAGUUAUAGUACAGAGGGAGUGUCUCACUGUCAGAGGGACAGUACUGAGGGAGUAUCUGACUGUCAGAGGGACAGUACUGAGGGAGUGCCUCACUGUCAGAGGGACAGAACAGGGGGAGUGUCACACUGUCAGACGGACAGUACUGAGGGAGUGUCUCACUGUCAGAGGGACAGUACAGAGGGAGUGUCACACUGUCAGAGGGACAGUACCGAGGGAGAGUCUGCAAUAUCGGAGGGAAAGUACUGGGGGAGUGUCACACAGUUUAGAGGGACAGUACUGAGGGAGUGUCACACUGUCAGACGGACAGUAUUGAGGGAGUGUCUCACUGUCAGAGGGACAGUACUCAGGGAGUGUCUGACUGUCAGAGGGACAGUACUGAGGGAGUGUCCCACUGUCAGAGGGACAGUACUGAGGGAGUGUCACAGCGUCAGAGGGACUGUA